UACGCAGUGAGUUAUGUUAGGCCAGUCACAUUAACUUGCACUCAUGAUACGUUCGAUAUUACGCACUACUAGUUUUCAUUGGCUCUUCCUUUGCAGUUUGUUUGGCCUGAAUGCGGGGCUGGGCAUUCCCCAAGCCCGCCUCUUUUCACCUCAUUUCACGUCACUUGUCUGUUAGUGUUUAAUGCUGUCACCACCGAUCCUAUCCUGAGACCCGAUACCUGUCUUUGUUUACAAAUACUUAUUCCCUGGAAGGCGGCAACAUUCCCUGUACACCACAGAUUUGGACCAGUAUGCCCUUAGCGCCCGAAAUUCAACAGUUCAUUCUUGGUUUCAAAAGCCAGUGGGAUGGAUCAGUGAAUUCAGCUUGCCAGGACUUUUUCGAAGCCCGUCACGCGUCUCUUGAGUCCGCCAAUCCAAAUCCUUCAAUUCAAUUCGAAAAUAAUGUGAAAUACGGCCCAGAUCCACGGCAUCGCCUGGAUGUGUUCUGGCCGGCAGAUGCUACCUCAACGAACGCUACUCUCCCGGUUGUCGUCUACUUUCACGGCGGUGCAUUCAAACUAGGGGACAACACUAUCACUCCGCACAUGCACGCAAAUAUCGGCCGGUUCUUUGCAUCAAAGGGUAUGGUCGGCGUCUUAGGGACCUAUCGUCUACUGCCAGAGGCUCGAUUCCCCGAUGGACAGGAAGAUAUCGCCUCUGCGCUCUCGUGGCUACAUCGCAAUGUGCACCAGUAUGGAGGCAGCCGAAACGCCAUCUUCGCGCUCGGUCAAAGCGCCGGUGGAGGCCAUCUAGCCAUGUCACUUUACUCGGGAAGAUUGAAGACGGAUGAAGGGCAGAGUUUGGUGCGCGGCGUGUUGCUCUUGAGCGCAGCGUUGAAGUAUGAUCUAUCCAAGAAGGGUCGGCGCGAGAGCAUGGAACAGUACUAUGCAACGACUGAUCACGCUAUUAUUCAUUCCCGAUCGGCAUAUGGCAUCUUUCACGCUUUGCCGCCCGUUGAAGAUGCAGAUGUGGUUGCUGUGCCGACACCCGAGCUCUUCUUGAUGCUAGCCGAAUGGGAUUUCGAGGAGUGUGUGCAAGGAAAUCUGGACUUUGUAAGGCUCUUUGCUGAGCGUCACCGUCACCUUCCUCGGUUUGAGGUGUUUUCUGGUCAUAAUCAUGUCAGCUAUGCAUUGUCUAUCGGCUUGCCAGGAGACGAAGUUGGACCCAAGAUUGCGGACUGGGUGAGGCGGUGCUCGGAGGGGGCCUGAAGCCAGAUAUCGAGAAUUCUAGUCUCGGGUUAUUUAUUGAACGAAAACAUCAGAAUCG